AUGAGUAUUGUUGAAGUUCAACAACAACACGAAACUAAUGGAGCUAAUUCAGUUAAUGCUUGUGUUUUACCACAACUUCGAGGACAAUUACAAAGGCCAACUGGUAGAGCAGCGGAAAAUGAUUUUUUACCACAAGAAUUAAUGGCUGCCUUACGGCAAAACAAUGUACCAAGUGAAUAUUUAGGACCACCUAAUUCAACAAAUUCAAAUAAACUUUUACGACCAACACCACCAAUCUCACGUCGUCCAGAUAAUGCAUGGCAUUAUGCAAGACAACGAGAAAAAUAUCGAUUUUUACUUGAACAAAAUCCAUGUACAUGUGGAGCUGGACAUGAUAUAUCAUUUUUAUGUGAAGCAACAACUCAUCAUCCUUCGUUACAUGAACAACAAAAUAAACCAUCUGGUCAGCAACAGCGGGGUAUUGAUAAAAGUGCUAUUCGAGCUAUGCCAAAUGAUUCACAAGAACCGAGUAUUGUAUUACCGGAAACAAUUGUACCACACGAAUUUCGUAUAAUUAAAAAUAUUGGUGUUGCACCCCUCGAAGUUUAUGAUGAUAAAAAUACAACGAUCACUGAAGAACAUUUGCAUCAUAUUACUGUAUUUCCUUCUUUAAAACCAGUUGGACGAGCUGAAGUUCUAAAAUUAAGACAUACGAUGAAUGUAUUAUUAGAACGAAUUACCAUUGAGGAUAAUGAUUUACAAGGACAAACUCAACUUCACAAUUUACUCGAAUUAAUUAAAGAAGAACAAAAUAUAUACAAUAUUGUUUUUCAUGAAAUAAUUCGUCAAGUUAGUGUUGAAUGUAAAGAACGUGGUGAAUUAUUAGGUAAAUUACGUGAACGAUAUACAUCAUUAUUAUCACGUGUACCUCGACAAGUGAAAAGUUUAUAUGAAGAAUUAAUUGCUCAACGUGCACUUGAUCGUCGUUUAGCUGAACAAUUACUUCAAUUUAAAUCAACUGUUGGAACACUUAUGCUCGAAUUGGAAGAUGUACGUGAACAUGAUCGACGUGUUACUGACGAAGCCGAAACAGCUCAAAGAGAUCUUAAAGCUGCUUUAAUUGAAUCUCAAAAAAAUGCAUCACUUCUUACUGAAUAUCAUGAAUUAUAUGAUUUACAACGUAAACGUUUGGAAAAACAUACCAAUGUUAUUGUUGAAGAAAAAGAAUUAUGGCGUGACGCAGCACAAACAAUUGCUCUUAAGGUUGUUGUUGAACAUAAAUUAAGUACAUCAAAACGUUUAAAUCUUGCUGAACAAGCAUGGUAUGCAUUAGCUAAUCAUUUUGCUAUUUAUCUUAUGGAUAAAGAUACAAUUGAUUUAACUACUGUACAAAAAGCUGCAAAUACAUGGCGUGAAAUAGUUGAAACAUUUGAUCGUGAACAAGAACAACGUGAAUUUGAAACAUCAAAAAAUCUUAAUCGUCUUGCUCAUUCAAUUGAUAUACUACGAAAUACAUUUCGACAAAAUCAUAUUGAUCAUGAUGGAAAAUUAAAACAUUUACCGGAUCAAAAAAAAACAAUUGAAUAUUUAACUCAAACAAGAAUUUGGGAAGAAUCAUGUACACGUGAAGUUGAAAAAUUCGGUGGAGAUACUAUUCUUAUUAAUGAAGAACGUAUGAAAAAAGCGGAUAGACAGCUAAAAAAAUGGAUUGAUAUGACUGAACGAUUACUUAAUCGUCAUCCACCAUCAAAUACUGGUGAUAAUAAUGAACGAGAAGCAUUAAAAGAUUUAUUUGAUUGUAUUUUUCUAUUACACGGUCAAUAUCGUGUACGAAUGACAGGUGAAAAUGGUUUAGCGUCGGCAAUUAUUUUCUUUAGUAAUGCACUUGAAACAUGGAAUAGUAAAUUGAAUACAUUUGCUUAUGGUGGAGGAAAAUUGAAUGAAGCAGCAUGGCAUACAUUCUAUGCACAAAUGGAAGAAUGGUUUGAAGCAAUAACUAGAACAGUGACUUAUGUUGGAAAAUCAGCGAGAGCUAAUGAUGAUAUUGAUAUGGGAAAUAAAAAAAGAGGUGACACGAAACGUAUUGUGGAUGCUACUCUAGUAUUGCAACAAGCUAAUAAAGGUCUUAUUUCUCUUCGUCAUUAUGUUGAAAGUCAUAAUAGUCGUAUUGCAGAUCAAGCUCUUAAACUUGAUUCAAAAAUGGUUCAUUGGCUUAUUCAAAUUCUUAUUAGUCUAGCUCCUAAUAAACCAGAAUUAUCUGCUGAAGCACGUGAUCAUCUUGAAGCAAAUCGUACACCACAUGCAAAUCUAAUUAAAAUGCAAAAAGCUCUAUGUGAUGAAUUAAUUUCUAUGACUGCAUAUAUUAUUAAAUGUUGUACAUCAAUAACUGCUGAAGAAAUGCUUAAUAAAAAUUUAGAACAAGGAGCUGUACCAGAAAUCGAAGUACUUGAUCUUAAACGUAUGCAAGAUGAAUGUAAUGAUUGGGUUUAUUCAUCGAAAGUUAUUUUAACGGACUUAACUGGUGAUGAAAGUUAUGUAGAUAUACCAGCACCUAUACGAGAAGUUCCUAAAAUAGGAGAAAGUGAUCAAUCAGAUUGGUCCGAAGCUUCAAAAGAAAAACCUAAGGAAGAAGAUAAAGUUAUUGAAGGUAAUAGUGUAUCCUAUGAAGCAAUUAAUCGUGGUGGUUUAACUGAACGACGUCAAUUAGAACCAGCACUUGAUAAUAAUACUGAUACUAGUACAGCAACUACAAAAUCAGCACAAGUUGGUUUCGAUGCAUUACGUACAAUUGCACAAUUACAACAACAAUUAGCAGAGACAGAAUCACGAGCAGCUAAUUUACAAGAACAAACAAUCACACUUGAUGUCGCUUUACGAGAAGCAAAUCAACGUAUUCAACAACUCGAAUCAAGUCAACGUCCUCCUCAACAGUGA